AUGUUUAGAUUUUCAAGAUUUGUUAAAAAUAAUUCUUUUACUAGUUUAUAUAAACUUUCUUUUAAACCAGAUGUUUCGGCUCGACAUAAUUUACCAGCAAUAACACAUAUAUCUCCUAGUAGUAGUAGCAUUAAACGAAAAUCACCACCAAAUUAUCUUGACAGACAAUCCCAAUUAUUUUUAUUCACAGAAAUUUGGCGAGGAAUGUGGCUUGUUUUAGAAAAUUUCUUUAGGCCACCAUAUACAAUUUAUUAUCCUUAUGAAAAAGGACCGUUAAGUCCAAGAUUUCGAGGAGAACAUGCAUUAAGAAGAUAUCCUACAGCAAUUUGUCCAGCACUAGCCAUUACUAUCGAAGCAGAAACUAGAGACGAUGGUAGUCGUCGUACUACAAGAUAUGAUAUUGAUAUGACAAAAUGCAUUUAUUGUGGAUUCUGUCAGGAAGCGUGUCCAGUUGAUGCUAUUGUAGAAGGACCAAACUUUGAAUUUUCAACAGAAACACAUGAAGAAUUGUUAUAUAAUAAAGAAAAACUUUUGGCAAAUGGCGAUAGAUGGGAACCUGAAAUAGCAAAAAAUUUAGAAGCAAAUCAAUAUUAUGUAUAA